AUGUGAGGGAGCCGAUUUACAUCACAUCUUAAUCGCCGUUAGCUCACUAUCACAUUUUCCUACCACAACGAAAACGUAACGCAACACACACACACACACAAACAUACGCAGUUUUUUACCCUGCACCUCUCCAUCGGAUACACGGAGCUUGCUGCCCCCGACAGAUCUACAGCAUGAAUUUGUCUGCAGAUGAGGCUCAGGCCGACACCGGCCAGCCGCUCACCAAGUAUUACUUUGCCUAUGGUAGUAAUCUUCAUCUACAGCAGAUGAAACGAAGAUGCCCUGGAAGCAAAUUCAUCGGCUCUGGGAAGCUGGCAGAUCAUCGUUGGCAGAUCAACGAGCGUGGAUAUGCCAAUGUUAUCGAGUCUCAAGGACAUUGGGUUGAAGGCCUUGUUUAUGAGAUCAAUCCCCGCGAUGAGGCUCGUCUUGACAUCAACGAAGGUGUUUCCAAGGACGCAUACCAGAAGAAGUACAUGACUGUUACGCUACGGCGUGCUGAAGCCGCCUUGUAUCGCCGACCUGUGUCUUGGAUUGUCAACAAUGGUGGCCCAGACCACGCACGAGUCCUUGCCCAGCAAGGGGAAGGGCAGAGAAGGGCCAUCAACCACAAGCCACAUUUGGAACAGAACAUCUUGGUGUACAUAAGUCCAAGAUACAUUGUCGAUAGCGAACCAAAAGAGGAGUAUAUCAACAGAAUCAACUCAGGCAUUGUUGAUGCAACAUCCUUAGGGGUCACCAACGACUAUAUCAGCAACUGUGUCCGACCUUUCAUUCCAGCACCGACUGGCCAGACCUCAGGAGACAAAGGAGCCACUGGACCCGCGAAAGCUACCGGACCACCGAAGCCAAAAGUUGUGAGAAAAGUUCCGAAUCCCGCAAAAAAGGUGAAGCAACCUGCCCGUGAGGUCAAGCGAGCAACGCCGCCCAGAGGGAGAGACUCAUCACCGCCAAACAACAGGGCACCUGGCCAAAGACCCCCACACCUUCAACCUCAGGUGGUUCAAGGCCAGCGCUGGGCCAGGAAUGCCGCUUCAAAUGUGCCCGAGAGACUCGGGCGGCCUUCACAGUCACGGCCAUCAGCACCACCACUUCCCCCAAGGCCACUCGCGCCGCAUUACCCAGGAAACACUCUACAAGUUCCUGUUCCUGGUCGGCGGCGACCUGCAUCAGAAGUUGGCGCCCCACCACCGCCUCUCCCUCCUCGGCCAACCCGUCGAGUUCGCAGUAUACCGGUAAUCGUUACUCAUCAGGAAGGUUAUGGUGGUUAUUGGUAUCGAUAAAAGCAUUUCUAGCCCAGUUUCCUUAAAAUACCCAAAUAUGAUAUCCUCCAGACAAUAAAAAGUAGCAUACAACACAAUUUUAUAAGACAGGAACUAAUAUCUUUGUCUGCUUGUUGCCGAUAUGACAGAUCCAGCUGGCCC